GGCGCAUGCGCGGUUGGAGCUGGAUUGUUGCAACCCCAGACAGGGCGGCCCGUUACCAGGCACUGCACCGCGUAGGGUCUGACAACGACUACGGCAACGGGCAUUGACAUAAGGAAUACUGCCAGCGUGAUAACAACACAGACACUCCUGAAUACAGUAGGGGAUGGCAGUUAAUGUGUACGCCACAUCUGUGUCCAUUGACAACCUCAGCCGACAUGACAUGCUGGCAUGGGUCAACGAUUCUCUGCACCUCACCUACACCAAGAUCGAACAGCUCUGUUCAGGAGCGGCAUAUUGCCAGUUCAUGGACAUGUUGUUCCCAGGUUGUAUCCUUCUGAAGAAGGUCAAAUUUCAAGCCAAGCUGGAACAUGAAUCUAUACACAACUUCAAAGUGCUUCAGGCAGCUUUUAAAAGGAUGAGUGUUGACAAAAUAAUUCCUGUGGAAAAGCUUGUAAAAGGGAAGUUCCAGGACAACUUUGAAUUCGUGCAGUGGUUCAAGAAGUUCUUUGACGCCAACUACGACGGGAAGGAGUAUGACCCUUUACUAUCCAGACAGGGGCAGGACGUGGCCCCUGCCCCCAACCCAGGUGAUCACUUUAUCCACAAACCAAAGAGAACCCCAGGACCACAGAGGAUAUCUCCAACAGUUCCCAAAAACAUGCCAACGCCACAGCGCGUCCAACACAACACUCCAGCUCUGAGGAAGAAUCCAUCUUUGUCUAGAAACGGGGGCAGUGAUGCUGAGAUCAUGGAGCUAAAUCAACAGUGUAUGGAGUUGAAGUUGACUGUAGACGGACUAGAGAAGGAGAGAGACUUCUACUUCAGCAAACUACGAGACAUUGAGCUGAUCUGCCAGGAACACGAGAGUGAAAACAACCCCAUCCUCAGCAGGAUAAUCGACAUUCUUUACGCAACAGAGGAUGGCUUUGCACCUCCGGAGGAUGAGGACCUCGAUGAACAAGCUCACCUGGACCAGGAUGAAUACUGAGCCCUUCAUUUCCCUCCCCCCUAACAUCCCCAUCUUCCCUUUCCUUUUCCUUUUGCCCUCAUUUGUUUUCUAGUCUCUCUGCACGCUCUCUUUAAAUACUCACCAUUAUCCUUACUCUCUGUCUUUCUUUUCUUUCUCAUAUGUAUAUCUGUUCUUAACCUCCCCCCCCCCUCUACCCUCUGGCCAUCUACACAGUAUACACAACUACUCUGCAUCAACAUCUGCUGCCCCUCCCUGCCUCCACUUACACAGUAACAAUAGCAGUAAUGUAUGGCAUAUUCCAGUUAUUUCAGCAUGAGUAACACAGAAAAUCGAGCCGAGCUUGGCAUGGAGGUUGUUAUGGCAAACAGUGAAUUUUAAGUCUGUAAAUAUUGCCGACCUUGUGAUUUCUGAGAGAACAAUGUCUUUGCUCUUUAUGGAGUUAUUUAUUUGCCUUUGGUGCGCUGUGAUACUUAUUAGAGCACAGAACAAUACUGCUCCAAUGUGCCACCAGGACACUCCCAGGGCCACUAAAACUGUAACAAAAGUGACUUUUUAAUAACAAUUUCUUAUUUAUUUAACUUGUAUUUAAUUUAGAAGAACUUUCUGUAGCAAAAUUGGUGCAAACCCUUCUGCACAUGAAUUGAAAGCUGAGGCCAUGCGUGUUAUGUGUUGUUCAGUUAUGGUUUGUGCUUGAGUCAGCAUCAAGCCUUUAGUUUCUGUUAUGGUGUGUUCAUGGCAUGUAGAAACGCUGAAGGAAAUCCUUUGGUGUAAUGACUCAAGGCGUAUGAUCAGUGCUCUGCAAUUAUGUAUUAUUGAUCAGCAACAUAUCUGAGCAUGAGAAUGUUACACAUUGACUGUGAAUGAGUAUGAAUAUUUUGUAUAUGUAUUUUGUGUGGAGAUUUUGUCUGAUGUCGCACGAUCCUGGUUAAUUACCGUUGUAUCUUUUAGGCCGACAUGCAGAAGCCUAUGAGUUUGAAAUUUUGAGGUGGAAAGCCACCUGCAGACUGACAACAUGGUUAUAGAUUGUAGCAGUGCUAAUGUUUUAUUCUAAAAUAUAAGGGAGCCUGACACUGGAAUAAUACAGAAGAUUUUUACAUGUCAGGUUUUGUCAUGUUUAUCCUGCUAAUCAUACUGUGUACACUUUUCAUUUGCUGUUAAGUGUUGCCUAGGGUAUAUGAGUUAUAGUUUGGAAGAAAGUCAGUAUUAAAAAAAUCUGUGACCAGUUGACUGGUCAUCAUAAGCAUCCAGUUGAACCAAGGAAGUCUCCUUGUCCCUUCCCAGCUUUUUUUAUUUGCAAACUGGCUGUCCUCUGCUCUGAAACUUGCAUUCAUUGACCAUGUAAACAUCUACAGAACACUCAUCUUUUGAGUUUUGAAUAAAUAAAAAGUUGUGAAAU